AUAUACGUAUAUACUCUCCACUCUAAAUCACUCAUAGUCAUAAUUCAUUCCUUCCACCAUCAAAAGCUUAAAAGGAAACAUAAAAGCUCCACUACCAACUUUCUCUUAGGCUUUUGAUCAAGCACUUUUCUUUCAUCAGUUUCAGCCAUGGCUGCUGCUUCUGCCUCCACCAACACUCUGACUCUCAAAGCCGCCAUUUCUUCCUCGGCUAAGCUCCCGUCCACCUCUCCCGCCGUGCUGAAGUUCCAGCCCUUUAAGCGCACUAACCCUUUGAUCUCAAAAAGUCUCGGCCUCACCGCUUCUACCGCCGCCGCCGCCUCCAAAAGAUCGGUUACUGUGAAGAGCCAGAGCGCCCCAGCUGGCAAAGUUCAGGAACUGUGCGUGUACGAGAUCAACGAGCGCGACCGUGGAAGUCCGGCGUAUCUCCGAUUGAGCCAGAAAUCAGUCAACACUCUCGGCGAUCUAGUGCCGUUCAGCAACAAGCUGUACACUGGGGAUUUGCAGAAGCGGGUGGGGAUAACGGCCGGACUCUGCAUUCUGAUCAAGCACGAAGAGGAGAAGAAAGGCGACCGUUACGAGGCGAUCUACAGCUUCUACUUCGGCGACUACGGCCACAUCGCCGUUCAGGGACAAUACCUCACCUACGAGGACACCUAUUUGGCGGUCACCGGCGGAUCUGGGAUCUUCGAAGGAGUCUCCGGUCAGGUCAAGCUCCAGCAGCUCAUUUUCCCGUUCAAGCUGUUCUACACUUUCUACUUGAAGGGAAUCCCUGAUCUGCCGGCUGAGCUGUGCGGUGCUCCGGUGCCGCCGUCGCCCGCCGUCGAGCCGUCUCCGGCGGCCAAGGCCUGUGAGCCAGGCUCCACUAUUGGAAAUUUCACGGAUUAAUUAAUGUGCGACUGCGUUGAAUUUAGUACUCUGGUCUUUGCUGAUGAAUAAAUUUGUGGUUUUUAUUUGGUCGCCAUUGUUAAUUUGUUAUUGCUGUUCUAGAUUCUUGAGAAUAUUCUCAUAUUAGUGAGAUUAAUCCAGAAGAGUUUCGGUGUAGAAUGUUGCUUCAAAUGUUGUAUACAUAUAACUACGAACUUUGACUACA